AUGGUUCGGCCUGUGAAUUUCCCGGCCCUUUGCGAUAGAACAUCUAAUAUCCAACUUCUCGUGGCGCAACACCAUCAAUCGCCCCCAAGGGCCCCGAAUCGAAUCCUCUCAAACCCCGAGUUCUUCACAGCCUAUAAUUCUGCACAACACUCCUUCCCUGUGACUUCCCGGCAUCCAGUCGCAAUGGCCAUCCCCCAGAAGUCUUCGUACUACGAUCGCAACCUCCGCCAGGGUCCCGCCCUCCUCCGAGCCCGCAAACCCUAUCUCGCAAAGAAUCUCGCUGUCGGUGCCGGACUUUGGUGCUUUGUUGGCGCAGUGUACUGGUACACGAUCAAGGCGGUCGGCCAGGACGAAUUUGAAGAUGUCAAGGUCCCCGAUACCCCGAGGCAACAGGCCAAGUCCAGCUAGACAGUGAGGGAGGCGGGAGAGCUGGCGAGAGAAGUGAUGCGUACAGCCAACCACUGGAAACUCUCAAUAACACAAGUGCUGGAACAGCUCGAC